CUGAAUCAAUUGGUACCAGGAGAGCCCAGAAGCCACACACGCAUCUCUGCCUCUUUGCUCUGGCUCUCCCACCCUCUUCCCGUCUUUCUCUGCUUCCUUGUCACUGUUACUCCAGGAGACGUUCACUUUUCACCAACCUUUCUCCAAGCAUCUCCAAGCCACUGACUAUAUAUAUUUUGCUACAAGAGACCUAGAAGAGGAAAAAAGGCACGAGACUUUUCAACACAUCGUUUAAAAAAAUCAUCAACGAAUUCCUUGAAAUGUUUGAGAACAAUUAAAAGGAAAAAGCGUUUUUUAAAAAAUCUAUCAACUAAGUGAACAAUCAUUCAUAUCGUCUACAUCCUGAGAUAUUAUCGUCCCUCGCUGCGGACACCAGCGAGAUGACAGCUGCUUUUUCAUUUUUGAAUGUAAUACAUAUUUGCUGCUUUUAAUAUUUUCCGGAAUCUCCCCUCGCUAUUCCCUGGAAUUUUAACUCUAAAGAUUGGAGAACAGAUUAUCAAAAAGGCUUUUGCAAGCCUCCAAAAUGAUGCUGAGUCCGGACCAAGCCGCAGAUUCGGACCAUCCCAGCUCGGCGCACUCGGAUCCGGAGUCCCUGGGUGGCACGGACACCAAGGUGCUCGGCAGCGUGUCGGACCUGGAGCCGGUGGAGGAGGCCGAGGGCGACGGCAAGGGCGGCAGCCGGGCCGCGCUCUACCCGCACCCGCAGCAGCUGAGCCGCGAGGAGAAGCGCCGCCGCCGGCGCGCCACGGCCAAGUACCGCUCGGCCCACGCCACCCGCGAGCGCAUCCGCGUGGAAGCCUUCAACUUGGCCUUCGCCGAGCUCCGCAAAUUGCUGCCCACGCUGCCUCCGGACAAGAAGCUCUCCAAGAUCGAGAUCCUGCGCCUGGCCAUCUGCUACAUCUCCUAUCUCAACCACGUCCUUGACGUGUAGGGCGGGGUGCGCCGCGGGGGGCCGCCUGUCCCGGCGUCCGCGAAACGCGACGGAUCCGGGCGGCCGCCGCUCGGGUGGCGGAGGCUGCGGUGGCCCAGCGAGACGGCCGCCUCGAGAGACUCGGGCCGGGGAAGAAGCUCGCUACCUGUUCUCUCUGGUCAGCAGGGCGACGAGGGAAGGUUUCCGACGCAGGCAGGUGGGAUUGUCUGGCGAUCCCGGGGGCUCGCAGGGGGGAUUUUCCAGGCCAGGAGAACCUCGUGGAGACACCCGAGAUGAGCCACCUCUGGGGCUCCCCAAGGGUUGUGGCUUUAACCCACUGGAGACUUUGAGUACUCCUACAUUCAUUCGCCACAAAUCUUAAUGUGUUGAAAGAAUGAGGGCAGAAGUUCAGAAUAUGCAGGCUCCUAACUUUAGGCUAUCUGGAAUUUUUCUAAUGGACAAAUCACCAAACACUGGGAAGGAGGAGAGAAGAGGGAUCUCUCCCAUAGAGAUGGAAGGCACGGAAAGGUGCGACUGGAAACUUUCCUUUCUGUUGUGAAAAUAAAGAUUAUAUUAGAAUCCAAAUAAACCCUGAAUAUUUAGUAAGGUUAAAAAGACAAAUUGAGAACAAAUAGACACACUGUGGGAGGAUCUGAGCUUGGUGAGAUUUCAUCCCCAAGAUAUGACACCAAGGUAGACAGGAAAAUCCAUAUUUAAAUGGAAAAUUUAAUAUCUGAUUGCUUUUGCAGGCGAAGUGCCCCUUUAUAUAUCCAAAAACAUCUAUUUGUGACCUUAAACAUGUGGACCCAUAGGUGCAGUUAGAAAAAGACAACCUAUUUUUAUUUAUGUUAGAAGGAGUAGAGUAUUUUUUUCAAGACAUUUAUUUUUCAGAGUGGUGAUACUUUUACUUUGGAUACUCUGUGCCAAUUUAUUUAUAGUCAAGUGUUUACACUUUUUCCUGUGGAAUAAUUAUGUCUAACUUUUUACGUGUUUGUUGAGAUUAUACUGUGGUCUUUCUUUCUGCUCUAAUUAUAUUGCACUUGUAUAACCAAUUUCCCACUUCUCCCUGUUUCUAAACAUAUUUUAUAUAUUAAGAUGUUUGUUCUUGAAAGGUUCUUUUGUUGUGAGAUCAGCAACACUAGCACUUCACUAUUAUAGUUUUUUAAAAAGUGUAUUAUUCUUAUCUGUAGUUAUGUCUGAGAAGUCCUUUACAAGCUGUUUAUAAGGAGAGUAGCUUCUUUGUGUGUGUGAUGUUUGUGCGUGUGAUGAAUUUAGCAAAUUAAGUUAUUUUCCUAAAAAAAAAGAAAAAAAGAAUUCAGAACUACUUUCCUCUGUGACACCAAAAAGAAAAGUCUAUAACCUGAAAAUGUUUCAUGUUCUCUGCUGUGAAACUCUUAAAACAAGGAGUGUAUUUUAGAGACAAGGGAAAAAAACCACAUCUGCUAUCCAAAGAUUUUAGUCUUUUUCAGGGUUUUUUUGUGUCUCUGUUGCUUUAUAUAAUGCAAUAUUUUGUAGUGAAAAUAGAUAUAAUCUGGUUUCUAUCUGACGAGUUUUUCAUAUCUCAUGAAUGGUGCGCUGUUUUGCAUAUAAAUAAAGGUAUCAAAUAAA